CUGUUCGAAUUCUACAUGCCGUGUGUUAGUGACUACGGGAUAAAGAUGGAAGCAAAAUCCACCAGUCGAGGAUUAACCGCGGCCGAGCGCCUCUUCUUCUAUGGCAUGCAUGGUCUCUUUGACGAAAUUGUGUUCACUGCUCUUUAUGACGUCGUAUACGAACCGGAUGGAAACCGACAGCUCAAAGGCUAUUCCACGAUUUUCUCAUUUUUUAUCUAUGGAGUUUGUAGCUAUUUGGUGGAGCGAAUGUAUGUCCGCCUCAAAGAAGUCGGUAUUCCAUUUAAAGUUCGCAUCUUCAUAUAUCUCGUCGUACUUUACUCCUGGGAGUUCUCCUGUGGCCUCGUUUUGAGACAGUUUGACGCAUGCUCAUGGGAUUACAGCCACUACCAGUUUAACAUCAUGGGUCUCAUUACACUGGAGUACGCUAUUUUCUGGCUUCCUCUGUGUGCGUGGAAUGACGUUUUGUAUAAGUAUUUGCUCAGCCUUAAACUUCCGGGGCAUAGCAUCCAUGAUAAAUCGACCUAAGACGAAGGGUUAUCUGUACUGAAAAAAAGCUCAACAUUUUCCAUUUGAAAUAUGCAUUCAAUGCUGGAACGUGCGUCACUGAUGAUGUCGUUGCAUGUAUUACGUAACUAAAAUAUGUUAGGGUAGUAACAGUUGUAGAGUAGACAGUGAAGAGUUUGUGAUUUUGUCUUGAUCUCAUUGUUUAAAACUUUUGAUAACUGAUUUUUUUUCUUCUAUUACGCAUUUAUAUUAAUAUGCAGUUGUUAUCAUUUAAAAGUUUGUAUUACGGUAGACCUCCAAAUUGCGUCCCAGACCUCCACAUUGCGUCGCAGACAGCUCCACAUUGCGUCCCAGACCUCCACAUUGCGUCACGGACCUCCACAUUGCGUCCCGGACCUCCACAUUGCGUCACGAGAUGCAUUUUUUUUUGUAUUUUGUAAGGCAUAAAGUUGUUUAUCCCCGAGAAACAUGUAUAAAUCAUUCUAUUGCAAUUGAUCCAUUUUCCUUAUUUUUUGGCACAAUGAAGAGAGCAAUAUUUUAACCAUAAUUCAAUUGCCCGCUGCAGGAAGCAUAAUAUCAACGAAAUAUUAAGCAUUGUUUUGUUGUAUGUUUAAAUUGAUGCGUAUGUUGAUUACUGUAACAAUAUGACUGACAAUCACUUCAUGUCUUAUACACUGUAAAUAUGUUUGAGACUGCUUGACUUUCUCCCUUUUUUUUUGUUUUACAGUUUUUGUUUUGUUUAGUGAACAAGAAUUGGUUUCAGUUGAAAAUAAAAGUGAAAUCUUA